AUGGAAGCGAAAGUGAUUUCUUGCACUACUUUUGGAGAGGACAAGGUCAUAAAGAUUGUUGUUUCGAGCCAUCGUGCAGUCGCCAACUACAAACCUGGAGAAAACGAAACCACAGUUGUUGUUUCUGAUGAUACUUGCUCCAAGAAAGAUGUUGAAGAGAUUAAGAAGCUUUGUGAGAAGCUCGAUUAUGUUUACGAAGGAAGACUUAACGAAGAUUACGCCCAGGCCAACACGGGACCUGGUUUGGUCUGA